AUGAUGAUCAAACAGCUCAACAGCAGCAGUCUGGGCAGGCGAGGAGAAACUAAACACUCCUUAUGCAUCUGCACUUUUUGUUCAUUCUCUUUUGUAGCCUGUCCAUCGGGAUUUUUCAAGCCCACUCAGAGAGAUGAGCCCUGUAUGCAGUGUCCCAUCAACAGUCGGACCACAAGUGAGGGUGCCAUGAACUGCAUUUGCCGCAAUGGCUACUAUCGCACGGACUCUGAUCCACUCCAGAUGCCUUGCACAACUGUUCCAUCGGCUCCGCAGGCUGUGAUCUCAAGCGUAAAUGAAACCUCUGUGAUGCUGGAGUGGUUGCCUCCUCGAGAUUCAGGAGGCCGCGAGGAUGUAGUCUACAACAUAAUCUGCAAGAGCUGUGGCGGAGGUCGAGGAGGGUGCACCCGCUGUGGCGACAACGUUCAGUUUUUACCACGUCAGCUGGGCCUGACAGAAACCCGGGUCUACAUUAGUGACCUGUUGGCCCACACACAGUACACGUUUGAGGUGCAGGCUGUCAACGGGGUGUCAGAUCAGAGUCCCUACUCUCCUCAGUACUCCUCAGUCAACAUUACCACUAACCAAGCUGCUCCAUCCACUGUAUCUAUAAUGCAUCAGGUCAGUCGUACUGUGGACAGCAUCACCCUCUCUUGGUCCCAACCGGACCAACCUAAUGGAGUCAUCCUAGACUACGAGCUACAAUAUUAUGAAAAGGAUCAGUCAGAAUAUAACUCUACUACCAUCAGAAGUCAGACCAACACGGCAGUCAUCCGUGGGCUCAAGCCAGGAAGCAUCUAUGUGUUCCAGGUCCGGGCCCGCACCGUCGCUGGGUUUGGACGCUACAGUGGCAAGCUGUACUUUCAGACCAUGACGGAGGAGGAAUACAACACAAGCAUUCAGGAGAAACUGCCACUCAUCAUUGGCUCAGCGGCGGCAGGCCUGGUGUUCCUCAUUGCUGUGGUUGUCAUCAUCAUCGUUUGUAACCGGAGGCGUGGCUUCGACAGGGGUGAUUCAGAAUACACAGACAAAUUGCAGCACUACACCAGUGGCCACAUGUCUCCAGGAAUGAAGAUAUACAUUGAUCCGUUCACGUAUGAGGACCCAAAUGAGGCUGUGAGGGAGUUUGCCAAGGAGAUUGAUAUAUCCUGUGUGAAGAUUGAACAGGUCAUCGGUGCAGGAGAGUUUGGAGAAGUGUGCAGCGGUAACCUAAAGCUUCCGGGUAAAAGGGAGAUGUUCGUAGCCAUAAAAACUUUAAAGUCUGGCUACACUGAAAAGCAAAGACGAGACUUCCUGAGCGAGGCCAGCAUCAUGGGCCAGUUUGACCAUCCUAACGUCAUUCAUCUGGAAGGCGUGGUCACCAAGAGCAGCCCUGUAAUGAUCGUCACUGAAUUCAUGGAGAAUGGAUCUCUCGACACCUUUCUCAGACAAAAUGACGGGCAGUUCACGGUGAUCCAGCUUGUUGGCAUGCUGCGCGGCAUCGCGUCAGGCAUGAAGUACCUUGCCGACAUGAACUACGUGCACCGUGACCUUGCUGCCCGAAACAUCUUGGUCAACAGCAACCUUGUGUGCAAAGUCUCAGACUUCGGCCUCUCGCGCUUCCUGGAGGAUGACACAUCAGAUCCAACUUACACUAGUGCUCUGGGAGGGAAGAUCCCGAUCCGAUGGACCGCUCCAGAAGCAAUCCAGUACAGGAAGUUCACCUCCGCUAGCGAUGUGUGGAGCUACGGGAUAGUCAUGUGGGAAGUCAUGUCGUACGGAGAGAGGCCUUACUGGGACAUGACCAACCAAGAUGUCAUCAAUGCCAUAGAGCAGGACUAUCGACUGCCCCCGCCUAUGGACUGUCCCAGCGCACUGCACCAGCUCAUGUUGGACUGCUGGCAGAAGGACCGCAACAACCGGCCCAAAUUUAGCCAGAUUGUCAACAAUCUUGACAAGAUGAUCCGUAAUCCCAAUACAUUAAAGGCCAUGACUCCAUUAUCUUCAGGUGUCCAUCUCCCUCUCUUGGACCGCAGCAUCCCAGACUUCUCCACCUUCAGCAGCGUGGAUGAGUGGCUGGAUGCCAUCAAGAUGGGCCAGUACAAAGAAAACUUUGCCAAUUCUAACUUUUCCACAUUUGAUGUGGUGUCGCAGAUGACCAUGGAGGACAUCCUAAGGGUUGGUGUGACUUUAGCAGGCCAUCAAAAGAAGAUCCUGAACAGCGUCCAGAUGAUGCGGGCACAGAUGAACCAGAUCCAGUCGGUGGAGGUUUGACCCUCCUGAGAGGAGCAGAGGGGAGAUAAGGCUGUUUGGACACAGGGCUCUGGAUGCGGAGGAUGGAGUGGAUGUUUUUUUUUUUUUUUUUUUUUGCGUGA